CCAAUCCGCUGCUGGGGGGACGGAUCUGUGUGAGACUCGAUAGUAUAGUUAGUGCGGCCUCGCAGACGGUGACUAAACAGUUGACCGUCCUUCCUCCUUCACUCGUUUACAGCUCGUCUUGCGGUGAACAGAUUAAUCGCAGCCAUGACAAAGGAUCCGAAUAAGCCGAGAGGAAAAACCUCCUCCUAUGCUUUCUUUGUGGCGACCUGCCGCGAGGAGCACAAGAAGAAGCACCCAGGGACCAGCGUGAACUUCGCAGAGUUUUCCAAGAAGUGCUCAGAAAGAUGGAAGACCAUGUCCCCCAAGGAGAAGGGAAAGUUUGAAGAGAUGGCCAAGAACGAUAAGGUCCGAUAUGACCGGGAGAUGAAGUCCUACGUGCCACCUAAAGGUGCCAAGAAGGGAAAGAAGAAGAAGGACCCCAACGCCCCCAAAAGGCCCCCCUCCGCUUUCUUCGUCUUCUGCUCCGACCACCGUCCCAAGAUCAAGGAGGAUAACCCUGGGAUCUCCAUCGGCGACAUUGCCAAGAAGCUUGGCGAGAUGUGGGCCACGCAGGGUGCCAAAGACAAGGCCCCCUACGAGGCCAAAGCCGCCAGACUGAAGGAGAAAUACGAGAAGGACGUUGCUGCCUACAGAGCCAAGGGCGGCUCUGGGAAGAGCGACGCUGGAAAGAAGAGCGGGCCCGGCAGGCCCGCCGCCAAGAAGGCUGUACCGGCUGAUGAUGAUGAUGACGAUGAUGAUGACGAGGAGGAAGAGGAUGAAGAUGACGACGAUGAGGAUGAUGACUAAGUGGUUUCUGUGUUUGAGGAUGUGAAGUUUGCGUUGUUCAGCUUAUGUUUGUUUUUUGGGUUGGACUCGUCCAACGGUAUAGCCUGCUGUCCCUGUCGGUCGGCCUCGCUCGACCUGUACUCCUCUUCUAAUUCAGGGAUUUAGAUUUUAUUGUCCCUUAGUCCCCUUUAAGUUUUAUUUUUGUUUUACAACUGCUGAAGUCGGGUCUGUUACACCUUAGAUCCUGGUCUAAAAAA